AUGACUCUGGAGGUGGGGCUAGGUCUGGAGGGGAAGGGGAUUAUGGGCGAGGGUUCUGUGGAUCUGGGAGAUACAGCCCUGGAGAUGGGAGUGGAGAAUGUGGCUCUAAAGGAGGGUGGUCUUCUUGAAGAUGUGUAUAAAGGAGGAGCUCAGGGCUGUGGGAGCAAAGGGGCACUUUUCGAGCUGCAUGCUCGGCUGUCCUCCAGCAUCCUCUCCUCCAUCACGUCUGCCAGCAUGAGCCAGCAGCUGUCAGCUGGAAGGUCUCUUCAUGGAAGAAACUUCUUCUCAGCGUCUUCUGCUGCAGGUGGCAUGAGCCGCUGCCAAAGCAGCUCUUUGCCCUCUGCUGCCCUAUUUGGAAGAGGAUAUGGAGCCUGGAGCCACAGCAGCCGAAGCCUCCAAAACACAGAUGGGUGUAAAUGGAUUUCUUCUGGCCAAAGCCUUGCACAGGGGGUCUGUGGGAGCCAUGGGUUAGACUUCCACCACGGGACCUGCAGAACUGAAGGUAUUCAUGCGGUGCACACCAGCAGGAGCCUGCUGCAGCCUCUUGAUGUGAAGAUCGACCCCGAAAUCCAGCACAUCCGAAAGCAGGAGAGCGAGCAGAUGAAAAGCCUCAAUAACCAGUUUGCCUCUUUGAUUAACAAGGUACAGCAUCUGGAGCAGCAGAACAGGGUGUUGGCCACCAAAUGGGACCUCCUCCAAAAGCAGGUCCUGCCAUCCCAGAAGAAUAUCAAGCAUGUCUUCGACAACUUCAUUUGCAGCCUGCAGAGGCAGCUGGACUCAUUGCUGCGUGAGAGGGGGCGGAUGGAAUCUGAGCUGGAUGACAUGGGCAAGCUUGUUGAAGAGUUCAGAUGCAAACACAAGCAAGAAGAGAACAGGCACAUGGCUGCCAAGAAUGAGUUUGUGUUACUGAAGAAGGAUGUGGAUCAUGUCUAUCUGACCAAGGCAGAGCUGGAAGCAAAGCUGGAAACCCUAAAGCAGGAGAUAGAGUUCCUGAAAUGUGUUUCUGCUCAGGAAAUCGCUGUGCUGGAGAGAAGUCCCUGUGACACCUCUGUUGUCGUGAAAAUGGACAACAGCCGAGGCCUGGACAUGCAGGGCAUCCUCAGGAGCGUUGAGUGCUGGUAUGAGGACGUGGCUCAGAAAAGCAAGGAGGAACUGGAUGCACUGUACAGAACUAGGUAUCAAGAGCUUGAGGAGAUGAAGGGGAGACAUUGCAAUGAACUGAAGUCCCACCAGAGAGAGAUUGAAGAGCUGAGUUUUAUGAUCCAGAGGAGGCAUCGUGACCUUGAAAAUACGAAGAAGCAGGUCUCCUCUCUGCAAACGUCAGUUGGUGAUACUGAGCAAUGUGGGGAUUGCGCCCUGAAAGAUGCCCAGGAGAAGCACGUUGAGCUGCAGAAUGCCCUCCAGAAGGCCAAGGAUGGGCUGGCUUGCAUGCUGCGGGAUUACCAGGAGCUUCUGAAUGUCAAGCUAGCCCUGGAUAUUGAGAUUGCAAUGUAUAAGACUCUACUGGAAGGUGAAGAGAGCAGGAUACGCCUUGGGAGCCCUGUGAGAGUAUUGAUCACCACCCCUUGCAACACCAUCUCGGGAUGUGGAUCUGGCAAGUCAGCGGAGGGGUAG